AUGAAGGUCGCUGGAUUCCUUUGGCUCAGCCUUCUCAGCUCCUCCCUUGCAACUGGCAGAAUCCAUGGAAUAGUGGAAAGAAGCACAGUGAGCGAGAUAUUGAGCGAGAUAUUGACCGAUAUCGAAAAUGCUACGACCUGCGCUGCCUGUGAGUCGUUGUUGGUUGUCCUACAAACUCUAGCCCAUCUUGGCAAUGAUGACUUUGUGGAUGUGAUAACCCAAGUCUGUAUUCUGGCUGGGGCAGAAGACUCGGACGUUUGCGAGGGUGCCAUCGCUCGCGAAGGCCCUAUAUUGGCGCAUGAUCUUCGCAAUAUGAAUAUACCCUCGACUACCGCCGUUCUCUUUUGCACCACAAUCUUUGGCCUCUGUGAUUUUCAGGCUGUCACAAAGUAUACGCUUGACUAUCCUUCGGCCAAACCGACAAACGCAUCUCGCCCAUCGCCCAGCGGGGAAACACCUAUUCAGGUCGUGCACAUCAGUGAUAUCCAUGUUGACCUAUCUUAUGAAACUGGCGCCAGUUAUAACUGCACGAAAAACAUCUGCUGCCGUCCUUACACAACAUCUGACGCACCCGGCAAUACUAGCUAUCCUGCGGGGAAGUUUGGCGAUCACAGCUGCGACACUCCGCUUAGUCUGGAGGAGAGCAUGUAUGCGGCUAUACAGCAGCUGGUCCCCAACGCAGCAUUCACCAUCUUCACAGGUGAUGUUGUAGAAGGCGCGGUGUGGCUGGUCAAUGAGAUCGAAGUUACCAACGACCUCAACGAUGCCUACAACGCCCGGAUGCCAUCAUACCUCAGUCUCGUUUACGGAGUGGUUGGUAAUCAUGACGCAGCGCCUGUCAAUUCCUUUCCUGCAGCUGACAUCGACACAACAAUUUCAAGCCAAUGGGCGUACGAUACUCUUGCGUCCGACUGGAAGCAGUGGAUAGGGUCAACGGCUGCCACCACGGCCAAAGACUACGGCGCGUAUUCCGUGAAGUACCCGGCUGGAAAUCUGCGCAUAAUCUCCUUCAACACAAAUCUGUACUACAAGGAGAACUUCUGGCUGUACGAAAAGACCAUGGAGACCGAUCCAAGCGGACAGCUUGCCUGGCUCAUCGGUGAGCUCGAUGCUGCGGAGACCGCCGGCGAGCGAGUCUGGCUGCUCGGCCACAUGCCCAUGGGUUCCGGUGAUGCCUUUCACGAUGCAUCCAACUACUUCAAUCAGAUUGUCCAGCGGUAUGACGCGACCAUCGCCGCUUUGUUCUACGGUCACACUCACAAAGACGAGUUCGAGAUUGUCUAUUCCAACUACACAGACCAGAGUGCGCAGACUGCGACGAUGAUGUCGUAUAUUGCUCCCGCGCUGACUCCGACAUCCGGGAACCCGACCUUUCGCGUCUACUCGGUCGACCCGGUCACCUUUGGCGUGUUGGAUUACACCGUGUACAUUGCCAAUAUGUCCAGUUCAACGUACCAGAGCAAGCCUACCUGGCAGAAAUACUACUCCAUCAAGGAGGCAUACGGCUCUCUUCUGAGUCCCCCAGUCACCGACAGCGCGAGCGAGCUGACUCCUGCUUUCUGGCAUAACGUCACUGCAUUGUUCGAGAGCGAUGACAGCGUGUUCCAAGAUUAUAUCGCCCGUAAGAGCAGGGGGUGGGAUGUCUCCAGCUGCACUGGCGAUUGCAAGACAUCGGAGAUUUGCCAGCUGCGAGCGGCCGAGGCGCAUACAAUUGCGUUGAAAUCACCCCCGGUAUCCAUUUCAAGCGCAGAAAACGAGACGAUACGAGCAGCGGCACAAAGAUGGAGAGUGCAUGUGGCGGGCACCUGUCUGAUAAGCUCCUUCAUUCUCUGGGGCGCCGCGCAGCCCUUCGGUAGUCUCCGUUAUAUUGAUGCCCUGUAUCUCGCCGUCAGUGCUAUGACGCUGGCAGGCCUCAACACAGUGAAUCUGUCCACCCUGAGCACCUUUCAGCAACUCUGGCUAUUUUUCUUAAUUAUACUCGGCUCCGCGAUCUGGGUGUCCAUCGCCGUACUCUUGACGCGCAGGCGCGCAUUCGAACAGCGGUUCGGUGAUAUCAUCCGAGAGCAACGCCUGCAGAGAAAGGGUACGCGCGAGUCCCUGCAAGCAGGCCCCAGCUUUUCUCUGUCGCGGUCGUUCCGUCGACGAGGGACUACCUCGGACCGUCUAAAUCUGCAAUCUGUACCAGCUGGUACCACCCAGGCACCUGACCGCAAUGUUGUGUCCCGUCAACCUUCCAGCUACUCACCCAGACAGCAAGGUGGUGGAGUUGCUGAUCUGCCUGUAGAGACAGCUGCUGGAGUCGAACAACGGCAACCGUCUAGAGAGAGCGCGGAGGAGAAACCUACCCUCUUGAAUCGGAAGCCUUCAGUCAACUCUCCCCCUGCUUCUGCGAACCCCAAUAAUUGCGAGGAGGAGCAAUCUACUCACUUGGAUCGGAAGACUUCAGUCAACUCCAUUCCUAGCUCUGCGAAUGUCAAUAAUCGCGAGGAGUACUCCCACCUUGCCUUCGCGUCUGAUGUGCAACGUCCUCGCGAACAGUCAUCAAGUAGGUAUCCCCGACCGCAUCUUCUCCCGCCCUAUACAAACUACAGACAGCCGUCCGUGUUGUCAGAUCGUGGGCCCUGGCGCGGAGAGGAACCAGGCUCGUCCGGUCAUGAAACUUUGGCGUUCCUACGCCAUGUUGGACGAAAUUCUACCUUUCCUAUGCUGACCGAGGAGGAACGCGACAAACUCGGCGGUGUGGAAUACCGAGCCGUGUGCCUGCUGACCAUCAUUGUGCCCAUUUACUUUGUGGCCUGGCAGAUUCUUGGAGGGCUGGCAGUGGGGGCUUAUGUGGCCCAUAACAAAAGCACGGUGACGGAGACGAAUGGCCUAGCUCCAUGGUGGGCCGGUUUCUUUUUUGCGAUUUCCGCGUUCAACAACUCCGGCAUGAGUCUUGUGGACGCCAACAUGGUGCCUUUUCGAUCAUCAACGUUCAUGCUCAUCACCAUGGGGCUAUUGAUCCUGGCGGGUAAUACCUGCUACCCGAUAUUUCUACGAUGGAUCCUGUACGCGAUGCUCCGCCUCCUGCCCAAGCAUCCCUACUUUCAAGAGUCCCAUGACACUCUGCGUUUCCUUUUGGAUCAUCCCCGUCGAUGCUACACCAGUCUCUUUCCUUCACCACAUACCUGGUGGUUGCUCCUCUCCGUGGUGCUACUCAACGGGAUUGACUGGGUGGCGUUCGAAGUUCUAAAUGUUGAUAAUCCCGCGGUCAACACGAUUCCGCUCGGCUCCCGAGUCCUCGACGGACUUUUCCAGGCCCUCUGUGUGCGUAACGGCGGGUUCUAUCUCGUCAGCAUUUCUGCCCUUCAGCUGGGUAUGCAGGUCAUAUAUGUGAUUAUGAUGUACAUUUCCGUGUAUCCAGUGGUGAUCACCAUGCGCAACUCCAACGUUUACGAGGAGCGCAGCCUGGGGAUCUACGCCGACGAUCUGCCAUCAGCGUCGCAGGAGCCCGACAGCCAGGAGAAAAACCUACACGGGAAGACGCCCUCCGGUCGGCGUUACUUUAUUCAACACCAGCUGCGGGCGCAACUGGCCUAUGACCUCUGGUGGAUUGCCCUGGCCGUCAUCAUUAUCUGUAUCGUGGAGGCGGGUAGUUUUACCCGCGACCCGGUGACAUAUUCCGCCUUCAACAUUAUCUUCGAGACCGUCAGUGCAUACGGCACCGUCGGAAUCAGCACGGGCCUGCCUGAUCAAAUGUAUAGUUUUUCCGGGGGCUGGCAUACCCUGAGCAAGCUGGUCCUCUGCGCGGUGAUGCUGCGUGGCCGGCACCGUGGAUUGCCCGUCGCGAUCGACAAAGCUAUUAUGUUACCUGGGGAGCACCUCAUCCAGGCUGAACAGGAAGACGCGCACAUCCGCUUGGAAAGGACGAUGAGUCGAACUCGAAGUCGGGCCAUGGCGUAA